CAUAAGGUCGUCAGGGUGCGGGCGUUGCGAGGGCAGUGCCAUGGAGCCGGGUCCGCUGCUGCUGCUGCUGCUGCUGGCGGCGCCGUGGGGCCGGGGCCGGGCGGCGUCAGGGCACGCACCGGCAGGUGAGAUGGCACGGACACACGGCCCCUCCGUGCAACCCGGGGAGCCUGGUAAGUGCCUUGAGACCAGCGCGACCGCCGCAAGCCCCUGUGGUAACAUCUGCUCCUCAAAGUGCCAGGGUGGCGCUGGCUGUGGACAGAAGUGCCAGCAAGCGACGGAAGAUUCCCACCCACGGACUGACCCUGACCUGAUGACCAACUGCUUGAACAAAUGCAGGCACGACAGCAAUGACUGCAAGGGCAGCAGGAAGCGCUGCCGCACCAAGUGCGAGUUCAGCUGCCUGCAGCAGGUGCCAGCCGGAUCGGACACCUACCUCAAGAAGAAGGUGCCGCACGACAUCGGCCGCCACAGCAGCACCUGCAGCGGUGACACCGACUGCCCCAACCGCCUGCGGUGCUGCCCACCCCCACGCAAGGGCUCCAGGCUCAGUGUCUUCCUGCGCCUGCUGGGCUGGGGCUGCCACCGGUGCCCCAAGCCCACGGAGCCGUGCCGCCUGCCCCCGGCGCACGGUCCCUACCGUGGGAGACUCGUCUAUCGCUGCAUCCCUGCCUCGGGGUCGUGCCAAGUGUUCGUGCACAGUGGCUGUGGGGGGAAUCCCGGCAACUUCCGUACAGCAGAGGAGUGCCAGCGGUUCUGCCAGCGCGGGCUGGAGAAGCACUGACCUCAGGACACCGCAGCCCGCCCAGGUCUGCAGAGCCGACCGCUCUGCCCCACACAAUAAAGCCGCCAGGACGCCUGGCUUGGAGCAGCA